UAAACGAGCAGUUCUCAUUCUUUCUUGUAUUGCGGGAGGAUUUGCUUAGAACAACGAAGUCAACAUCGACAGAUGAUGGCGGAGAGUUCUGAAGGCCGCAUCGAUGCAUCGGACUCCGUCCAUGGCAUCCUUUACUUGCCUCAACCGAUAGUUCAAAAGAUCAUGUCAUGUUUACCUCCGAGGGUUGCAGCGCAAAUCAGCAUCCUCUCCAAGGACUGGAACCACGCCUUCAACACUCUCCCGACUCUAGAAUUUGACGAGGAAACUUUCGGGCGCAAAGACGUUGGCGGGCACGACGCUGACAUCGAGAAUGAUACUUUCCUGGAAUACGUGGAUGGUUACAUCACGCGGCGCCGUGAGCACGACCUCAACAUCGACUCGAUGAGCUUGCUAGUCUUCUCGAAGGGCGACAAGUUGAGUCUCGUGUUGCCCAAGUGGAUAGACAUUGCCUCCAGGCUCAAUCUCCGAGACCUUACGCUCGGCCGCAUCGUCGACUAUCCCAACAGAAGAUGGUACGAUCACAAAUGCCCCGACUUGGUCUCCGACACCAUCUCUGUCCUCCACGUGAGCCAUCUCUACAUGAAGGGCGUCAAGACGAGGCUGCCUCGCUUAGAAGAACUGGUACUACACAGAGUUGACGAGAGCAGCGACGUCUUGAACGAGUUGAUGCUCAGUUGCCCCGCACUCCGGCGCGUGGAGCUGAUUGAAUACUCCCACUUCGGGGACCUCCUCAUCUGCGGACCGAAGCUCGAGACUUUUGAGGCGUCGGGCAUGUAUCGCGUCAAUAGCUUUUCGAUUUCAGCCCCAAACCUCAUGUCAUUCAGCUUCACGUCGACAUUGACCAUAGGCUUACCGGAUGGGGAGUUGUCGACUCUCCAAGUACAUGGCGCUCAAAACCUGAGGGAGCUUACAUUGGAUUUGUGUGUGGUCGGAAUCAGGACGAUCAGAGAAGCCGUUUCUCGGCUUCGUCUCCUAGAGACUUUGAGGCUCAGGGGGAGGCUGUCUGCCGAACGCAUCAGGAUAACUCACAAGAAUCUAAAGCACCUUGUCUUGACUAGAUUCGACUCCCUGAGAAGAGUGAAGACCCAAACUCCUAAUCUAGUUUCGUUCCAAUAUGACGGCCUCAAUAUUCCCAUCAUCGGUCCACGAGAUUCGACAAGAUUGGCCAGUGCAAGACUGGAAGUGGAUUUCGGAGUCCGCACAAAGAGGAGCUAUCUCAAGGCGGCCAAGUUCCUGAGGUAUUUCGGCCGUUGCGACUCGCUGACACUAAUCUGUAACAAUGUCGAGGCAUUGGUUCUUCCAGAAGAAAUCCGAAGUGUAAUGCUUCCUCCAUUGCACAAUGUCAAGCAUCUGAAACUUCAAAUCCUCUUUAACACCCCUGAAGUUAAUGCCAGUUCUUCCCAACUAACGGAAAGCUUGAGGUGGAUGGGUCCUCAUUUAGAGACGCUGGUCGUUAGUUCCGAACCCCGCCACGAGAAGACGCCGUGCCCACAUUCAGAGACGCCAGUCAUCGGUUCCAAACCCCACAGAGACAAGUACUCGCGAGCGAAUAGGAAAAGGGGCCGCUCGGAGACGGCGGCAGCAGGAACGAGAGAUGCGCUCUCGACGAAGAAGACUCAUCCAGCUUCAUCUGUAGGAUCAUCUCGUGUCUGAUGAAAUUUGGGGAUGCUGAUUCUUUUUAGGCUUGACAUUGUUUGGCCCCCCCUUUGAGAAAAUAGCCCUACCACCGGGGGAUGUUU